CUCCCGGGGCCCCGUGUCGAGGCGCCGUGAGCGGGCACGUCCCAGCCCCGGGCCGUCGCCGCGGCUGCUGCUCCUAGUCCGGCUCUCCGGCCCCGAGCGCACGGCCCAGGAACGGGGCUGGACACUGGCCCUGCAACUAGCCGCGGGCCACCGGCAGCUCGUUGGCCGUCCGGGGCCGCAGCUGCCUGUGUCGCGCGGGGAGAAUGGUGCCCGCUCUCGGGGACGCCGGAGGGGGCCUGUUGCUGCCCCAGGGAAUGCAGGGGGCUGUUUGCUGGAGCAAUGGCCCCUCACGUAGCACUGUCCCUCCGGCGCCUGGCCUGUGCCUUGGCCUCCUGCCGACCAGCUCCGGUGAGAAGCAGAGGGAGUGGCCUCCUGCACACAGCACCAGCGGUCUGCCCAGACACGGAUGCCCCAGUGUUCACCAAAGCACUGGCCUUUGGGGACAAAAUCGCCAUUGUUGACCAACAUGGCAGCCACACAUACAGGGAUCUUUACUACCGCAGCCUUCGACUGUCCCGUGAGCUCUGUGGGCUGCGCGGCUGUGUCAGCGGGGACCUCUGUGAGGAGAGGGUCGCCUUCCUGUGCUCUAAUGAUGUCUCUUAUGUGGUUGCCCAGUGGGCCUCGUGGAUGAGUGGCGGCAUCGCGGUCCCGCUCUGCAGGAAGCACCCAGAGGCCCAGCUGGAGUAUUUCAUCCGGGAUUCCCGGAGCUCCGUGGUCCUGGCCGGCCAGGAGUAUGUGGAGAUCCUAAGCCCAGUGGUCAAGAAGCUGGGGGUCCCACUCCUGCCUCUCACGCCCGCUGUCUAUGAGGGGGCGGCAGGGGAGCUGCCAGAGGGGCAGGUACAGGUGCGGGAGUGGAGAGACCGGGGCGCCAUGGUCAUCUACACCAGCGGGAGCACUGGAAACCCCAAGGGUGUCCUGACCACCCACCGCAAUGUUGGGGCUGUGGUGACUGGGCUGGUCCACAGGUGGGCAUGGACGAAAGAUGAUGUGAUCCUCCAUGUGCUCCCUCUGCACCACGUCCACGGCGUGGUCAACAAGCUGCUGUGCCCCCUCUGGGUGGGGGCCACCUGUGUGAUGCUGCCCGAGUUCAGCGCUCAGCUGGUUUGGGAAAAGUUCUUAAGUUCUGAAACUCCACGGGUUAAUGUAUUCAUGGCAGUGCCUACAAUAUAUACCAAGUUGAUGGAUUACUAUGACAGACAUUUCACCCAGCCACAUGUUCAAGACUUCGUGCGUGCAGUUUGUGAAGAAAAAAUUAGGUUGAUGGUUUCAGGCUCAGCCGCCCUUCCAUUGCCUGUGCUGGAAAGAUGGAAGGACGCCACGGGCCACAAGCUGCUGGAGCGCUACGGCAUGACGGAAAUCGGCAUGGCCCUGUCUGCGCCCCUGGCCGCAGCUCGCCUGCCAGGUUCUGUGGGGACCCCACUUCCAGGGGUGGAGGUGCGUAUAGUCUCAGAAAACCCUCAGAAGGACGGCUGCUCCUACAUCAUCCACACUGAGGGAAACGAGAGGGAGACCAAGGUGACCCCAGGGUUUGAAGAAAAGGAAGGGGAGCUGCUGGUCAGGGGGCCUUCCGUGUUCCGAGAAUACUGGGAUAAACCAGAAGAAACUAAGAAUGCAUUCACUUCAGAUGGCUGGUUCAAAACAGGUGAUACUGCUGUUUUCAAGGAUGGCGGGUACUGGAUCCGGGGCCGGACCUCGGUGGACAUCAUCAAGAGUGGAGGCUACAAAGUCAGCGCCCUAGAGGUCGAGCGGCAUCUCCUCGGCCACCCCAGCAUCGUAGAUGUGGCUGUGAUUGGAGUGCCAGAUAUGACCUGGGGCCAGCGGGUCACAGCUGUAGUGACCCUCCGAGAAGGACACUCGCUGUCCCACAGAGAGCUCAAAGAGUGGGCAAGAGCUCCUGGUGCCUGAGGCCAGCACCCUUCACUGUCCCUCCCACUCAGCUGAUAGCCACUUGCCCUGCUUGCCCCACACCCUCCUGGGCUCCUCCACCUGCCUGGGCCCCGGGCUGAGCCUGAGCAAUCCUGGUGUCGGGAGGCUCCUGCAGACAGGAGCUGGUAUGGCUGGAGAGGGAGCUGUCAGUCCACAGCAGCGACUCCGUUCCACCUGAGCUAUCUCCUCCUCUUCUCCCCAUAUCCUCCCUGCCUCCACCGGCUUGCCUCCUUCUCCCUAGCGCUAGAGAUAUUUACAGGUUAACAGUAGGAAUCCUCAUCCCAUCAAGGGCAGCACAGCUGGGGAAUCAAAGGCGCCCCUGGAUUUGCAGCACCACAGUAGGAAACUGCAGUUUAACAAAGACCAGAAAGAGUCUGAUCAACCACUUUGACUAAACAGUUACUUUGUUGAAAAGGAAAAGCAGUUGUCAGUACAGAGAGUGCCCUGGGGAGUUCAGGGACCAGAGUCCAGCCGCACUGCCCUCAGCUGCCCUCUGCCCAGGAUGCUAGGCUCAGGUGCACCUCAAGCUCCAUGGUCACAGGGCCCCGUCUCCCCAGUGUGCAGGCCAGGCUCAUGGCCCAACAUCAGGAAGGGCCGGUGUGUCCACCUGGUCUCUGACAGUGAGUGUGAGGGGCCAGUGCUGGAGCACUGGGGAGAAGGUCCUGUGUGGGGCUUGAGCACCACCUUAGCUGGAUGCCCCCCCACCAGGGACAGCCACAGGGCACUGCCCCAUGGCCAGUGCAUGAAGGGCAGGGCUGUGACUACUGCUGCCCACAGCUCACACGUGCCCCCAGCAGCCCAGCACUGGCCUCAGCUGCCUGCUGGCGUGGCCCCGAGGGCCUAAGGCCUAGGUUGCUGUGCUGUAGACUGGGAAGGAAGGAGGGGAGGGAAGAGAUAAGUUAGAGGGUUAACCCAGACAUCUCAGCCACCCACAGAAGUCAUCCAGGCUUCCUGUGGGACACUGCAUCUUGGCCGUGUGGGGACUGCAGACCUUGAGUGUCACCCUAACCUUGGUGGAAACCGAGGUUUGGCGGUGAGGCCAGGUCAGUGCCUGCAGACCUGGAGGUUUGUCUCUGAAUGCGGAGCAGAGUAGGCCACCCCUCGGCCUGCCUACCAACUCCCCACCCCCUUCCAGAAGUUUUCAUUGUGCUUAUAGCUCAACGGGCUGGGCCAUGGGGUGGAAGGUCCAGGGCUGCUCUGGGCAGCCUGUCCGCACAAGGUGGCAUCUGUCCUAGAGUGAUUGCAGGACAGCGGCCACCUCCUGGGGCAGAGAUCGUGCGGUCACCCAGCUGGUUCAUGUCAGAUAAGACCCUCCGGGCCAUGCUUGUC